UUUGGUUUGGUUUAUUUCUCAUAUAUAUGCAAGUAUAUAAUUAAAUGAGUUAGAUUGUAAUUUGACUGUGGACUAAUGAAUGCAUGAUCUAAUUUCCACACUUACCUAAAUUGCUUAUCUUCAAUUCUUUCCUAAUAACUAGUUGAAAUCUGUUUCUAUAUCUCUCCAUUUCAACAUCUUGUUUUAGGUACAAAGAACUCUAGAGAUGGACUUAUCAUAUCAAGAAAAAAAUAUCAAUGUGGAAAGUAAAUUUGCUCGUGAAAAUCCGAGAAAUUCUGAGAAAGUAACAAACGGCCAAAGUUGCACUAUCUCUUCGGAUAUUGUUUCUCCUCCAUGUUCAAAUUCAAAUCCCAUGAGCGAUCACGGACAUCCCGCCACACCCAUUCGUGAAGCCGUCUCUCAAAAUCCGAUGAAGGAAAUCUCAAUCGAUGAUUCAUAUCUUCCACCACAUCCUCAGCUACCGAAACUUGAGCCGCCACGUGGCCGUCGUGUCUCUUUAGAAGAAUUGUUGCAUCCACCGGAGAAAUUCACCGCCGAUCUGAUGAAAUUCGUACGUCAAAGCGGGAACGCGAUUUCGAAACGCAUCUCGGUUUUGCUAGAGAACGACGACGACUCCGACUCGAAGAAGACGAUCGAUGAUGACGUGACCGAGUUCAAAAUCUCUGGAGUCAAAGUUCUCGUGAAGAUGAAAACCGAAGAAGAAAUCAGAGGUCGUAUAACUUUCUUCUCCAGAUCUAAUUGCCGAGAUUCAACCGCCGUCAGAUUGUUUCUCCGGGAACAAGGCUUCGAUUUCUCGGAGAUCAACAUCGAUGUGUAUACGGCAAGAGAGAAAGAGCUGAUCGAAAGAACAGGGAGUUCUCAAGUUCCUCAGAUAUUCUUCAACGAGAAACACUUCGGAGGAUUAAUGGCGCUGAAUUCUCUGAGAAACAGUGGUGAAUUUGAUCUGAGGGUUAAGGAGUUUUUGAAGGAGAAGUGUUGCGGCGAUGCACCGGCGCCGGUGAUGUAUGGAUUCGACGAAGAGAGUAAUAAGGAUGUUGUUGUUGUUGAUGAGAUUUUGAGAUUCGUUAGGGUUUUGAGACAGAAGCUACCGAUUAAGGAUCGUUUGUUGAAGAUGAAGAUCGUUAAGAACUGUUUCUCCGGCGCCGAGAUGAUCGAGAUUCUCAUUGAUUACUUGGAUUGCGGGAGGAACAAGGCUGUUGAAGUUGGCAUGAGGCUAGCCAAAAAACACUUUAUCCACCAUGUCUUUGGAGAGAACGAGUUUGAAGAUGGAAAUCAUUACUACCGUUUCCUAGAGCACGAACCGUUUAUUUCAAAAUGUUACAAUUUUAGAGGUUCUACCAACGACAUGGAGCCCCAAAAUGCAGGCAUCGUUGGGCAGAAGCUUUUCAAAAUCAUGACUGCUAUUCUUGAGUCUUAUUCUUCCAAUGACCGUUCUUGUGUUGAUUACCUGAGAAUCAGCCAGAGCGAAGAAUUCCGAAGGUACUUGAAUUUGGCUCAAGACCUUCACCGUUUGAAUAUUGUGGAACUCUCAACGGAAGAGAAGUUAGCAUUUUUCUUGAACUUGUACAACGCAAUGGUGAUUCAUGCUUUGAUCAGAAUCGGACGUCCUGAGGGAGUGAUCGCAAGAAGGUCAUUUUUUACAGAUUUUCAGUACGUCGUAGGAGGCUACUCUUAUUCACUUAGCUCCAUCCGAAAUGACAUCCUUCGACGCGGUCGCAGACCCUCUUAUCCCUUUAUUAUUCCGUUUAUUAACGACAAUGCACGACAUAAGUGUCAGCUUGGACUUCAAAAACUGAAUCCAUUAGUACAUUUUGGCUUAUGCGAUGGGACCAAAUCAAGUCCAGUGGUGAGGUUUUUCACACCGCAAGGAGUUGAAGCUGAACUCAAACGAGCAGCUAGAGAGUUUUUUCAAAAUGGUGGAAUUGAGGUUGUCUUGGACAAGAGGACCAUACAUCUAUCAAAAAUCAUCAAGUGGUACAAAGAGGAUUUCAGUGAAGAGAAGAAAAUGUUGAAGUGGAUAAUGAGUUAUAUAGAUGCAAACGAUGCAGGUCUUUUAACCCAUCUUCUUGGUGAUGGAGGAGGUUCUUUUAACAUCGUUUACCAAGAUUAUGAUUGGUCUAUCAACAAUUGAUAUUUAGCUUCUUUUUGUGGAUAUUGAAAUUAAACAAUUUGUCCAUAAAUUUUAUAUUAAAAGUAAUCUAUUUUUUAUUCAUGAAUCAAUGGUAAGUACUAUCUGGAUCCCGGAUUUUGGCUCUUUACUCUUUAAGAAUCAAAGACAAUAGAUGAUGAAAGAAAACUUAAUUUACUACCAUUCACAAUCUUAAAAACAACCAAGGAAAAAAAAAAACUUAAUCAUUGAACAAAAAACAAUUCGGAUAAUGUCUUAUGAAUUAUCAUGCAUCUAUUAUCUAUAUAUGGACUAAUAUAGGUCACUUUUAUUCUUACGUGGUUGAAGUAGAAGCCUCUUCUUUUUGGAAAAAUGAGUAGAAGCUUUUUAUUUUAUCAUAACAUCAUCGUC